AUGGCCACGUCCACCCUGUCCGUCUGCUCCAGCGACCGGAGCUACGGCAGCCGCGUCUGCCUGCCCGGCUCCUGUGACUCCUGCCCCGACUCCUGGCAGGUGGACGACUGCCCAGAGAGCUGCUGCGAGCCCCCCUGCUGUGCCCACCCCUGCUGUGCCCCCCCCUGCUGUGCCCCCUCCUGCCUGACCCUCAUCUGCACCCCUGUGAGCUGCGGGUCCAGCCCCUGCCAGUCAGCCUGCACCAGCCCCUGCCAGCCCUCCAGCUGCAGCUCCUCCCCCUGCCAGGGAGACUGCUGUGUGUCUGUCUGCUGCCAGCCCGUCUGCUGCACCCCUGUCUGCUGCAAGCCCAUGUGCUGCACCCCUGUCUGCUACACCCCUGUCUGCUGCAAGCCCGUCUGCUACACCCCUGUCUGCUCUGGGCCCUCCCCCUGCUCGGCCUCCUCCUGCUGCCAGCCCAGCCCCUGCUCCUCGUCCUGCUGCAGACCGUCCUCCUGCGUGUCCCUGCUCUGCCGCCCCGUGCGCAGACCCGCCUGCUGCGUGCCCGCCUCCUCCUGCUGUGCCCCCGCCUCCUCCUGCCAGCCCAGCUGCUGCCGCGGGGCCUCCUGCAUGUCCCUGCUCUGCCGCCCUGUGGGCUCCCGCCAGGCCUGCUGUGUGCCCGCCUCGGCCCAGAAGUCCUGCUGCUGA